AUGACGGGGGUGGUAUCAGUAGUAAGGGACGAGGCACCCAUCGGGAAGACGAAGCUGGACGCGGGAUGGCUGGCUGCAAGGUCGACGGACGUCAAGCUGACCGGGGUCCAGCUCACAACCACACACCCCCCUUCUUCUCCUCCUUCCCCGCCAUGGAUGGAAGCCGCCGUUCCCGGGACGUGAGUAGGAGUCGUGGCAUUCCUCUUUUCCUAGCUUUAUCAUCCCCAUAGGCUGCAUUCUAAUCUUUUGGCAUGGUUGUUACCAAGUCGCUGUAAAAACCUUGAUUAUUUCCAGUCGCCGCGAAUAGUAUGAUGCUGAAGCUCGUCCUCUAAGUGUGGCAUGCGUGCACCUACUGCUUUGUCGCGUGCUCAGAGUACGCCAAAGGGUCCUACAAGCAAUGACCUUGUCUGCGAGGUCGGAUUGUUAGAAUUUCUUUUCAAUCACAUCCGUUUACUCCGCUGAAGCUCCAUCAAAGUGUCAAUCACCACAUUGGGUCAGCCAUUCUGCAGUAGCGUCGUUGUUCUUAUUGAUUAAUUCCUCUAACAGGACGGUUAGAAAAAACCGGAUCGUUUGGUGUAAGGAACUUCAGCUUUCGCUUUGGCAUGUGGAAGUCAAGUGCAUUUCGGCUUUUUCAGGAAUGGCUGAUUUGUAACGCCCUGACUCCUUUCUUCUCUGAGAUUGGAUAGAGGGCAUUAAAUUUAGGAUAGCCGGGCUUGUGUAGCUUGGCCUUCAUUUCAUUGAAUUCUAAUCAUAUGACUGUUACUGCAGAUUAAGCUAGUUGCUUGUUUCAAACUUCACAUGUACGUGAUCCUUGUUUAUAUUAUCAUUCAGAGGCUGAAACGUUUUAUCCCUGCUUGUAUCGGAAGUUGAUCAGAUAAGAUAAUUGGUCAUGACUUGGCAUAUACAUCAAGUCUAUGUGGUCUUAGCUUAAGUAAAUUUUAUCCACUGAGAAAAUACGGCUUCAAUUAAUAGUUUUUUUUUCUGAAGUAUGAAUGGCAAGAGCAAUCAUCCUAUUAGUAAUCAAAUUUACUGCAGAAUGUUGAAUGAUAUUCUGUUCUGCUCGAGAAAGCCAUUCACCAAUUAUUUUGGUCUUUCUAUACGUAUAUAAUAUAUGCAUGUUUCUAACUAUAAAUGUUGAAUGGUAUGAGAUGUCCCUGUUUAGACAAUCAAUCCAUCAACUUCAAAAUGACAAUUUUUCUUGAAGAAGGUGGUAAACCCAUCAAUGAAAUCUGUUCCAUUGUCUUGGCAGAUCUUCUUCUAGUGAGGUUAAGAUACUCAACUUAUGUGACAACAUGCAUUCAAAUUUAUCCUAUUGCCAUCUAUCACAUUCUCUUAAAAUUUCAGCCUUGAUUUUCUCCCACAGUAAAAUCGACUUAAAUCUGUGGAGAAUUCCAUGUAAUCUAGUGGGGCCAUAGGAAAGGUGUGAUUCUGUAAGUAACUGUGAUUGGUUAACCGGCCAAUAUUCUUCCCUCAUAGUACAUACAUUAAGGGGAUCCUUGAACUGAUUGAAGCACUUCAGCUUCCAAGUUAACUUCCAUCUAUCUUUUCACCUUGUCCCAAGUAACCUUGAGGCAAUGGUAAUCACCGCAUGGUUUUAAUCCACCUUUGUUGAGCUCGUUUGCUGAUUACAAGCAAUAGUCUGGGCAGGGAAGCCUAGCCUCGAUUUAUGAGCUGCCCAAAUAUUCUCUCUCUAGAAAAUAGAAAUCGAAUGUCACUAUCGUUUUAGAGCUUUACUCAAUAGUUCUAAAAGUUGUUUGCCUUGCAUAAGACUCGCAUCAAUGCCUAAACUGAAGGCAUUCUAUAAGUAAUGAAUGGUUUUGUAAAAUUUUGAAUCAUAAAACAAGUACAUUGGGCGCUACCUUAUUUAUGUUGUCAGAUAAUCUAUUAACUUUGUCUGGCAGUCAAAAAGCAUCUUUUUGAUAUAACUCAUUUCAGGGUGUUUUUAUCAGGCUGUAUUUCAAUCGAACUUUCUACACUCCCUGGUCCAACUCUGCAUUUGCAUUUUUCAUAAUCAGUCAACCCAUCAUCCCAUCUGAAAUCAAUUUUUUCAUGACAAGACUCAGCCUUUGGUUAAUGUAGAUAAUCAAAUUGUGUGAUCCUGAGCAGACUUUUUGAUCUUUUAGCUUUAAAUUGAUGUUAGUUUUGUGACAUCGUUUGACCUGUUCCAGUGUUCCAUCCAAUCAUUUCUAUAUCCUUAUCCAUGAUCAGCGAAUACAAAUAAAAUCUUUUUAUAGCAAGUUUGAGUCUUUGAUCCGCCACCCCUUCAAGCCUGAUUUUUCCGUUUGAUAAACCCAGCACAGUCAUUGAGAAUUCAUGAAAAUCAUCUUGUUGAAAAGCUAUCUUCUGGAUGUUGGCCUUCUUGGCUGUUACGUAUUGAAAAUAAUCUAAUGGCAUGGAGUUCAUAAUCAGAUCUAAUGUAAAAAUUAUAAAAUAAUCUAAUGCCAUGGAACUUAUCUGUAACUGUAGUCCCAUUAAAUGCACGGGAAUCCACACAGAUGGUCCAGGGAAGGAAAAAGGAUGCGCACUAUGCCUAUUGAUUCCAUAAUGUAUGGCUUCUAACCUUAGUUUCAUGAUUAUGGACCACUAGAGGUGAGAUCACAGUGUAUUUGUGAUAAUCUUGCUCUCAUCCACUUGGGGGUAGAAUGGUGAUAGCUUCUUUAACUCUUUAAGAACCAUUUCAAAUUCAUGCAAAAUUCGUUGAAGCUUCUUCUAGUGAGGUUCAUACGUUUUUCUAUAGAGAUUUCCGGCUUUCAGCUUCUUAUGCAUCCUAUUGUCACAUCAGCCAUGUUAUCUUAUCAGCUGAAAUUUCAUGGUAACCAGCGUAAGUCCAAGGUGAUCCCUCCCAAAGCUUCUCAAUAAGGACAAAUACAAUGUCUUUUCCUGUUAAGAGGCACAAUGUCAAAGUCUUUGCCAAUGUUCAACCCUUGUACGAUCAGUUUCAACUGAAGGCGCACUAGUUCACAGAUCAUCUGCAAUUCAUUAAGCACCUUAAUGCUCACUUGAUUUCCCUCAAUGUAUAAAUUGAGUUUUUUAACCAAGGUUGGAUCCAUGAAAUUAUAUGAACUGCAUGAGACCAAUAAAACUAGAUCUUUUUUACCAUGUAUCCAUUUAACAUUAUUUUAGUUCGAAAGAUCUGAAUAUAGUCUGAAUGGAAACUUCCUACAAAGAUUCAGAAAAUUUAUCAUCCUAUUCUUCUGUUGAAGAACCUUUGCUUUUUCGUUGAUGCACCUAUAUUAAGAAGACCCUGGCCAUGCAGAAAUGAGGUUAGAGAAAAAAAUUAUGAAAUAAAAACUGAACAGCCUUUCUCUUCUCUUGUUCAGGAUAGGCCAACCUCUGUUCUAGAUUUUGAUGGAUUCUAAAGAUAUUCUUGGGAGUAGCUGAUAUUCAUUAACUAAUUCGUUGCCUUAUAACUUUUAUAUUUAUGUUAGCCACUCCUAUUACUGAAUUAGUGAAGAUUCCAAUUAUUAUAUGAGCAGACUGCGACAGCUUCAUCCCUAGCAGUAGAAUUAGUGAAAGCUCAGUUUCUUCAACUGAAUUAACGUCUUAUUCAAUCUCGCUGAGAAACAAUCAAGGGAAGAAGCUCAUCUUGAUUUGAGAUACCUCGCUUAAAAUAAUUAAUGCGAGUAAUCUAGUCAUAUUAUUGAAUACCGGGUUACAGGCCUUAAGGGUGGUGACAGAAUCAAUCCUUGAAUUUAGCAUAUCUUCUUCAAGGUCAACCUCUAGGAAGAGGAAAUAAUUAGCUAGAGGAAGUUGAGGCAGAGUACAGAGAUGCAAGAUAUGCAAAGAACGUGAAUUACUAGGUUCUAUGUCUCCGAUCACCUAUUAAGUUCCUGCCAAAAUCAGUGAUUCUGUAUCCAGUGCUGAACACUAUAAGGAAAGUUAUGAAAGCAAAACAACUGCUAGACAACUAAUGAGAACUUAUAUUAUUUCUAUGAGUGGUAACUCUUGGCUAACAACUAAUGACUUUCAGUUAUUUCUACUUGCGGGAACUCACUGCUGACAACUAGUCACAAUUAUUAACUAUCUGUAUCAUCUAUAACUCCGUAGAUCUUUAGUAUUUUAAUGAUAGAGUGAUGUUCUUGUAGUGAAAACAAAGUAGUGUACACUUAAUGACUGUCAUGGUGAUGCAAAGUCAGGUGACAAGUUAUCUGAUUGUCCCCUACUUCCACCAGUUCAGUAGCAAAAUAGUAGCGUGUUUUCUUUCCUUUCAAUAAUUUUACUGUAUCAGUGUUUUAGGAACCUUGCUGAGGAAUAAGCUGGUACCAGAUCCUUUUUAUGGAUUGAAGAACGAGACAAUUAUUGAUAUUGCUGAUUCUGGGAGAGAUUAUUAUACUUUUUGGUUUUUUACAAGCUUUAAAUGUUCACCGGUAAGCAUAACAUCACCUGUAUUGACCUUUCUUGGUUUUAUAAAAUGAUCAGUCUUUUGCUUGACAUUAAUUUGUGGAAUGAUGUCUGGUUUCAGAUCGAAAUGAUAAUGGGCGUCUGUACACAGUUAUGUUAUGUACAGACCACCUUUAUAUGUUUUUAAUGUUCUAAUUUGUUGAUUUCUCUUUUCAGAAAGCAUGUUGACAUAGAAAAGAAAAUUCCUUGUGAGCUUAUAUAUUUCUAGAAAUAUUUGAAAUCUCCUAGGAUGAUCUCCAUCGCUAAUAACUCGUCGAAGGUUGUGUAGAAAUGUAUAAAGUGUCCAAAACUCUUGAUAACCUCUCUAUUAGAUCAAAUCAAGUCCGUUUGGUUCAUGUUCACAAGAUGUAGCCAAUGACAUUUUUUACUCUGAAGAAAACCAGAAAUAUGGGUAGCUAAAAGUAGUAUUACAGUGAAAAACCAGAAUUCUUCUCGCACACGUAAGGACCCUUUUUAUUCUGUACCCUUCCUUGGCCAAACCCUUUUAGAGUUUAGUGUUCUUAGUACAUUAGGAAUUAUUUCCUAACAUAGGCAAUCAAACGUUCCAAAGAUUAUAUCUUUAUAUCUCACAUUGAAUUCAUCAUAAAUAAGUAAAUGCUCCUACAUCCAGACGAUAAAUCAAUAGAAAUACAGGUAAUCGACAAAUAUUGAUUUUAUGACCAUGUUUAUCUCAAGCAAGGUUCAGGGUGCUUUGGAAUGCUCUUUCAUGCAGUUGAAAUGAACCUGAUUACCUUAGCUUGAUGGUAUUAACUACGUUUGCGAUGCACUUGUGUGCAGGUGUACAAACCAUUUCUAAAAAAAAAUUGGGUACAUACAAACUCUGCAAUAGAUGUUCAUAUAACUUCUGUACAAUUCUAAAACAUGUCUUUUUUAGCCAUUAUAGUAUUUUUUGAAUGAAACUAUUCUAGUAAGUGGACUAUACCAAGAUUCCCAUUGCUAAAGUUAUUUCUAAUGGAACAAGGAAAGCUUCCUUAGCUCACAUUUCAUUGGAAAUAAGUGGUAGAGACUAUACCACCAUUAGAUCAGGUAUGAAGUUUGGGUCUGCUUUAACCCGUAAAUACAUAUCCAGGGGAUUUGCUUUCUUUCUAUUUUUGGGAGUAUCUUUUUCCAGGUAAUAGAUUGGCAAUCAACUUCUGGAAAAUAAAACAGUGAACAAUUCUUAAACAUUAUUUGUCAAGCCCGGCCUUCAGCAUUUUGAUGUUUUUUAAACACUAACUUGUUCUGCCUAUAUUUUCACUGUCUUUGCUCUUUAUCAUAGAUAUUAUGUCAAUGUUUUCCAUAUUUUUAAUAAAAGAGUUACUUUAUAAUAAACUCAUAUAUUGAUACAUCUAAUGUGUAUUGAUUUUGAUAUUGACUGUCUGUGCACGUACAAUACCGUACCAUACAUCUCCUAUUCUUAAAGAGAAACUGACGACUGGGAUCGCCUUAACUAAAAUACUGUCUAAAUGCCUUCAUCUCCCAGUCAACACAUCAACAUCUGGAUCUCAAUUUCCGUGCAAUCAAUUAUUCAGCAGAUCUAUACUUGAAUGGCCACGGAAAGUCUUUGCCCAAGGGGAUGUUUCGGAGGCAUUCUCUUGACGUUUCUGAUAUUCUGAAUCCUGCUGGAAUAAAUUUGUUAGCAGUGCUCAUUCAUCCUCCUGAUAAUCCUGGGCGUAUACCACCAGAGGGUGGACAAGGUGGAGAUCAUGAGGUAUGAGAGGCAUUCUACUGUAAUUUGAGUUUCUGGUUUGUCUUGUUGUCUUUCACGUUGUUUUUUAUCCUUUGUACAUUAAAAAUACGGUGUGGCAAAAUAGUAUCAUUGUGUCUCCUAUAUUUAGUUCUGUUGAAAAUUCAAACGAAUGAGAGUAGCUGAGGGGUGCCUCUCUUUUGCUACUGCUAUGCAUCUGCACAGACACAAGAGUUCAAUACUACUGUGAAUUCCCACACCAUAAGCUGUCAAUACUAUUGUCAAAUCAUAGUAGCUUCUUGAGGUUGGACCGCCUUGUGUCUUGCCUGUUGCCAAUAAGGCAAUUGAAUAAUGGGUAGUAAUUUUACAGUUCCAAGCAUGUGGGAAGGACUAAAAAAAUGUUGAGAACUGGGGAGAGCUGUCCAUCAAAACGAGACCAAAUGAUAUAGAAAAGAACGACUAUACGAGACAUUUUGUCAUUGGCGAUAAGUUAGAGGCAGAGCAGAACUAUGUGGCAACUCUUGAGGUUGACAGUUACCAACAUCUUCCACAAAGGGAUAGGGCCAUGCGGAAGGGAUGUAGGUGUUGAGAUAAUGGCACCGAAAGGGUUAGAUUGCAGAGGUUGAAAGAAGAGACCAGCUGAUUGAAAUAGUUACUGAAGUCGAGUCUAUUGAGUAGACAAUUGUGACAGUCUACUGUGGAACACUAUACUGUUUUAACAGAAGGGGUCAGGAUGGUACAAUGAGAAGGCUCAACAUUAUCAAUGAUAGCAUAGGGCCGAGUUGGAUGAAUCUACUUGUGACAAAAGGGCUUUGGGCGAAUAUCCUAGAUAGUGUAAUUGUCGACUUUGAUAACCUGAAUAUUCAAGCUCCAGAUAGUGAUCAUGGAUGGCAUCAUAAUGUUCAAAGAGUGCAUCAGCAAUAAUCUGAUAGGACCAAAUAGAAUGCAGAUGCAGUUUAACUCACAAAAACUCCCGGAAAAAAUGUAGAGUAGAUGCUGAUACUUAUCUGUUCAGACACAAAUGUCAAUAGGGCUAUCCAAGUCUGGAUCGGUUUGCUUAAACGAAUGAGCCAUAUGAAAGGAUCUUGAAAGCACUUGUUUGCGUUUCUCAUUCACCUAGUGGGCUGUGAAUAGCAGUCGACAGAUGCACAGCGACUGUUCAUGAGCAGAUGAUGAGAAGGAUGGUAGAGACUUUUGAAGGGGAUAACAACAAAAUCCAUUCCGUGAAAUCAAUGUGAGUACAUAAUUUCUCAAAGACAUUCAAUGUAGAGGAUCAGACGUGAGGAGGAGAAGACUCUUAUACCAUGAUAGAUAGAGAGAACAGAGAAUUUUAGAUUUGCCUAAACUGUGGUCUUGUUAUGCAUAUGCCUAUUUACGAGUGCAUGAUCCCAAAGAAAGACAAAAAGGAAAACUGUGAAUUAUAGAAAAACUGUAUAGGAAAUAGAUUAUUCUCUCUAGUGUACUGAUUGAUUGGCAAUACUCAUUUAGAUUUCUGGUGUUGAAGUUCCUUUUUCUGGUUCCAGAUGCUGAGAUUUAAUCUUGAAUCAUUUACCUCAAAAAUCAUCUACCGUUUAGCUACAUCUCUGACCUUGUUUAGUGGAUUGAUCCUGGUGAACCUGAAGCAAGCAUAUUGCAGUAGAAAAAGAGUCGAGAGUAGAACCAAUUGCUCACGGGAUUAACAUGAAGUAGGUUAAAAGGAAUCAAUUGGCCUUCCAGUGUACUUUCGCAAAAGUAGUAGCAGUUAGCAUCAGUUUAAACUCCAGUCAUUAUCUGCAUCUGCAGGCAUGCAUGACUUGGUCCUAUAGUUGCACUCGCUGUCCUUUCCUCGCUUCCUCUGACUGUAUCCCCUCAUGCAAUCAUUUCUUUCCUCCUUACCUUUGUCUUUCUUUUAUCCUUCAUCAUAGAGAUUCACGGUCUAUUGGGGAUUGACAUUUCCCUUGAAAUUUGCGAAAUAAUUGCUGAUUUGGAUAUAAACGGUUGAUUCCACGAAGUGCAGUGGCAGCUCAGUAAUCAUAUAAUACGCUCUUUCAUGUUUCUUAUCCAUGUGAUAGGUAUUUAGGCAGAUCGAGCCCAUGCCACUCCUUGCUGUGUUUGAGGCAAGUUGAAGCCCUGCUAAUAUGAGGCACCAACAUAACAAGUCUUCUCAGAAAUAAGAUUUCCAUUAGUUGCAUAUAUAGUCACAGAUAUUAUGUCGAAGAUUCCAUGAUUCUUAAAAUACUUAAUAUGGAUAGUAAAUCUCUUGAAUCUGAAUAGGACUGACAAUGUUUAAUUCCUGAUGAGCCAUGAAAGAACUGAUCCUGACGAUUGUAGCUCUCAAUCUUAACCCUUGCUGGGAACUACAAUGGAUAAUGUCAUGUAAUAAGCGACAAGAUGAGAGAGGACCAAUAAAGAAUGGGACAACAUGAAUGAGUUGAAAUGUUCUGCCCCCCAUGGAAAGGAUUCCUCAAACUUUCUUUGGUGUAAUGUCAUGUCUCAAGUAAAGUAUAUUGGUUUCCAGGUUCUCUAAUUACUUUCUGGCUCUGCAAAACGGAUCUUUUUGUAAUACUUUGUCUGUUGAAGUAUUUACCAAUAUUUCAAUGGUUAAAAAUUUGCUUGCACUUAUUUUGCUAUUUUUCUAGCAUUUGCUAUACACAUACAUGGAUAUGUAUAGUUGUUUCCGUUGUCACCUUCUUUUCUGACAAUAUUUAAAUAUUUUAAUGGCAGAUUGGAAAAGAUGUUGCUGCUCAAUAUGUGGAGGGUUGGGACUGGAUGGCACCAAUAAGGUGGUCAUUUAUUCAUCUUUUACGGAGACUCUAGGUUAUACGAACAUUUCCAUUUUGUUAAUCUUGAUGCCUUCUUGAUUGAACGAGUUCCUGUCUUCCUGUCAUUUUAUCACUGAAAAUUUCAGCUGUCAGAUAGCAAAAGGGAGGAGGAAAACCACCGCAAUUUCUAGUCACAAACUUUUUUAGUUUUAAUAAACCUUCAGUGGGACGUUAGCUGUGUUGUAUUUUCCAUGACUUAUGUUGUUACUUAAAUCACUUACUCUCAAAAAGUUAAUCACGAUUUUGAGCAUGGCCGGUUCCUCCUUGUCUAGUUGAAUGAUGCGUGACCACUAAUUAUUGGCUUGCAUUUAAAUUAAGAAAAUUCCAAUCUAAAGGUUAAUCAAAGCUUCAAGUUAUGGAAUUCCUUUAAUUUCCCUUAUUUAAUUUCAAUCUUCUUACAAAUUGAUGCAUUCGAAGUCAGUUGCAUGUGACGAGUGUGAAGCAUGAUAUCAAGAAUUAGAUUUGGCUGUUAGAUUGGUUAUGCCUGAUCUGAUCUCAAUUGGGAUCUUCCUGUGGAUUGAAAACAAUUUCCAGAUAAUUCAGCAGUUUUGAGAUGAGUUCAAAACAUUAGUUUUAAAAUAUGAAUCCCAUUUUUAUUGGUUAUUUGAUACGGGCAGACACCACCCAGUGAUAUCAUUGAUUUUUGUUCACUUCAUUCAAAUGCCAAUCAACUUAAAAAAAAUAUUCUUUAACUUUGGCAAUUAUGUUUCUAGUUUACUGAUUGGUUUUCAGUCAUUGCUAAUUUCUCAGCAAUGGCUGAGAAUUGGAACUUUAUGUUACAUAUGAGAGGACUAUCGAUUCGGACAUUUAUAAUUUUAAAAUAUGAUCUAAUAAGUUUUUUUGUUAUAAUUUUUUUUAUAAGUUUCUAGAAGGCUUUUGACUUUUGGAUUACAAGUGAAGGUAGGCAGAAGAAAAGUAGAAUUUAAAAAGACAGCCUUAUUCUAGACUCAGUCCUUUCUACAGACAGGGAAGCUCUCUUUCUGUGUCCAUAGUUUAUCGUGUUUUGUUCAGAAAGGGGGUGUAAAUCCUGCGAGGUGAAGUACAAAUGUAAUGACUGAUAUCAAUUAAACCAAGACACGAAAGAUCGAAUGUCAAAAAGUAAGUAAUAACAACGCUUGUUUGAGCCAUACAACAUUGGAUAGAAUACAAUAUAAAAUGUGAUGGUAAAUAAAGGGGCUGAGGGUAGACUUGAAUCAAAGUAUAAAGUCCGCAAGACAGUGAAACGAAGCACCGUAAGAAAGGAGGAAGUAUAAUGCCAAAUGAAGGAAGACUAUCUUUUCAUUUGACCAUUGAAAUUCAAAAGAAACUCUCUUAAUAUGAUCUGGUGCUCUCUUAUUUAUAUUGCUAAAUUCUAGACUGACUUCCUCUCUUGGAAGGGGGUAACUACUUUCAAAGGAGUAUUUUUCAAUAAGAAUUGUUUUGAUUGAUAAGAAUCAGCUCAUUAACAUUAAGGUUUUGCUCACAAAAAUGUCCUAAAGAGUAGACGAAUGAAUCAAUAGUACUAGUACCAUAUAGUGGUUUUCAUUUCUCUCUCCGUAAGUUUAGUUUGUGAUCUUGUCUCAAGGCUUAGGCAGUUCCAUGAGAUUGUAGGAAUUACAAGCACAAGAAACUAGGGACAGCAGAAGAUUUUCUAGUGUUCUUAUCCAUUCUACUCUAGUCAUCUAGACCUCUUUCUGGGUACCUUUAACUUCGUGGUCAUUUCAUUCCUUGCAACUUUAAUGCUUAUAGUUGUAUUAUUAGCUCAUCUCUUCUUGCUGAGCAAGUUGAUCUUUCUGUGGAGCUAAAAUUACUUAGCCAUUCCAAGUCGGAUUUUUGUGCAAAAUAUAUUACUGUAUUCAUGAUCUUGGAACUAUGUACUGAGAUUUUGCUAAGCGAGUAAAACAAAUAAUUUCGUUCGUCUUCUUCAUCCUCAAUAGAAUGUAAUAGCCAUUAUACUCAUUUCAGUGUUGUGUAGAGCAUCAAUUAUAGCUAGAAUAUCAAAGAGUGGAUUUGUAUUCAUAAAAUCUUUUCAUUCCAUUGAUCAAGUUAUUCAACAUAUAAUAAGUAUGUUUUAUCGGAGGUUCUGUUCAUCUACUUGCUCGUAUUAUUGUUUUCAAAUGCUCAUGCUGCCUUACUUUGUUACUCGUAAUAAUGUGCGCAUGCUGUUUGCAUAAUCUCACCUAGUCAUUACUUGGAUUUUCUUAAUGAUUUAUUAAUGCAAAGAAAAUCGGCUGUGCAUCCCACUUUUCUCUUAAAAAAUGAUUUAAUAUCUAAUACAUUUUCUGAUAUGCUAGAUCGUUUUAGUGAAAAACUCUUAACUGUGGACUUAAUUGGAUGCUACAUGAGAUUAUCGAUAAAUUUAUUUCCUGUGACAGGGAUAGGAACACUGGUAUCUGGGAUGAAGUCUCAAUUUCUGUAACAGGGGUAUGCCGUCCAUUUUUAAUAUCGCUGUUUUAAAUCUCUCAGAGUUUGUUAUGUUUAAUCCAUCUACGCUCUACAAAUUCUUAAAGUGAUGCUUCAGUUAUCUUGAUAGUGAGAGACAUUUGACAUCUUGAUUAAUCUUUUGAUCAUGCAUGGUGAUGGGGUAUCAAUAACAAAUAAGAUCUUAUGUGAUUUUUUUAUUAUUUUUUUAAUUAUUGGCUAACACCUGAUGUGAAUAAUUCAUUUGUCGUAUGCUAUGUAAAGGUUUGAUCAAAGCUGAGAACAUUACAUUAUAAAACUAUCUAUCAUAUGACAGUACUUUGUCUUUAUGCCCAAAAUAUUUCUAAUUUUAUGGUCUGCAUUAAACUGGAAAUUGAGAUGGAGUUCAGGCACAGUGAAGUACAUUCAUGAGAGGGGAAAAUUAUCCUACCUCUUUUUCUUGAAUCUCUUGGAAACAUUGAUUCUUGGCUGGCUUAAAUUGUAGUUUGUCAUCUUGACAAAAGUAUACUAGAAAAUAAUAUGCUUCAGUCAUCACCCCAUUACCGUUUCGCUAAAUAUGUUCUUCCCUGACUUUUAGUUCUUGUAGUUUAGUUUUGAUACUCAGAACGAACUGAAUUGGAGAGGUGAAAAUGAUCCCAGGAUCUUGAUUAUUACAUCUCUAAUGGCAUAGAUUUGUGCAAGUUUGAAUCUAAUCGGGCUGGCUCAAUUGCUGAACAAGUAGUACAUUUUGGUCAAAUUUGUACUACUGUUUUAAAACGUUUGAUGUUUCUUUGUUUCCAAGUCCUAGUCUAAUUUAGACUUGCGCUAUAUGUGAAGUAAAACUCAGUUAUUCAAUUAUUCUUUUUUGAAGAAGCCUUGGAAUAUGAUGAACUUUAGCAAAAAAUAGCUUCCAAAUAAAAUUUCCCUAAAAUUUGUACUACGUGAUGAGCUUUACUUGAAAUUUACUUGAAAUUUUAUGCAACCCAGGUAAGUGACUGAUGAGAGAGCAAUCGAGACUCAUAUGCUGUGAGGAAUAAUAUUUUUUACUCAUAAACAUUAAUGUUUACUAUGCAUCAAUCACGAUUGCAGUCAUUUACUAUGCCAUAAAUAGAUAUUUCCGUUCAACAAGGGAUGAUAAUCUGGUUUUAGAUGUUCAAUAGAGAAGAUAUCGAUGAGUUGUAUGCUGGAGCCAGUUCCAGAGUAACAGUUCUGAGAACUUUCUCAUUCCAGGGUUUUUCCCUCCCAAGAAUGCGUUACAUGGACAGGGGACCUAAUACCUACCCAUCUCCAUCUCCAGUUACCCCACGUCGAGAUGGGGAAGGCAGGCCAACUAUGCGCUUUCUCAUGGAUUAUGGCACCCAUCAAUAUUGUCUAUCAUUCACAAUACUACCAUAGUCUACUUUCUAUGAUCUUUUCCUCCAUAUUAAAUCUGUUGAUCUAAAGAAAACAAGUUUCCAAACCCUAGGCAUGUAGCCUCUUAGUUUCCCUGCCACUUGGUGCUUCACUACCUGUUUUGAAGUUGAAAGGACAUAAGAAAAGCAACGGGGUUUAGAAAUAAGUGGCUUCAUCUUGUAUCAGUGCAGCCAAAGUCCCAACAAUUGUGUUGAAGGGCACUACAGGAUAUAGAGCAGACAGUGUUUUGUCCACUAGCCCACAUGCAAAGACAUGUCACGUUAAAAUUGUGAUAUUCUAUUCAUUUUCUUCCUAUAUAUGGAAUUUCUUUACGGCACCAGUCGAUCAAUCCUGCAACCAUGGUUUCUAGUCUGACUUGUAAGAAUCAGAUCAAACUUUUACGAUUUUGCCAUGGGGAAGAUGUACUGUAUUCGCGAUUUUGAACACUGCCUCUUGUGCGUGUUGCUACUCAAUAGGUACAACGGAAUUCACUUUUUGAACUCCUUGAAUCAAAUUGCAUUUUAGUCAGUAAUUUAUCUUCCUUUUCCAUAGCAUGGAUUGGAUGGUCAUUCAUUGCUAGAAGUUUUUUUCGUGUAGUAUCAGAGGGCAUAAAUGUCAAAUGAUCUAUGUAAAGAUGGAAGCCCAAUGAACACGUAUUUGUAGCCUAUGUCAUGUAUGGUAGGAACUUGAUCGUGGAAGCAACGGAUUUGGUUACAUUUUCUGAGGUGUCACAAAUAUGUAUGUUUUAGGCAAAGGAUUUAUCACGUUUUUCUUGAGAGUAUGAGGGAGUACAAUAGGGGAAUGAUCACAAUUUAAUCUUGUUCCUUCUAGACUAGGCUAUCCGGAUCGGACUUGGUUACUAACCCUGUAGCUUUGAAUACUGCGUUAGAUUUGACAAUCAACUGACCACGUACCAGUCACAUGAGUCACAUCUACAUGGUUCCAACCAUCUUUGUUUUUUUUUGUUUAAAUGUUAAUAGCGUUUAAUUCAUGCUUUUUUGCCUAUUUUGGAAAUCGGAAGAACUGUAGGCGAUGAAAACCUAAGUAGGAAUAAUAAAAGAAAAAGAAAUUGGAAAACUAAAUCAUGCCACACACUGCUUAUCCCACCUGCCUUGGAGGUAGAAAAGAGGAUGAAAAGGGAACUUGGCUGAUGCAUGAACUUUCAUUGUUGUUGUCAAUUCGUUCGUUUUCUUUUCUAACAGAAAUAUAUCUGCACUUCUAAAAGCCUGAAAAUCUAUUUGACCAAUAUGCGUGAGGAUCCAUGAUUCAGUACUAAGCGGUAGUCUUGCAAAACCAAGGUAAACGUUAUUUAAAUGCUGGCGCAAUGCCCAGUUGAACUAACAAUACAUGUUGAUGGUUAGUACACAAUUUAUGUUGGUGAUGCUUCCCUGUUCAGUAAAGUUUGAAAGUAUAGUGUAGCUUCGUGUGCAUUUCAAUAACAGGGAACAUGUGACAUUUCUGCAUCUACGGUGUACAUGUUAAGGGUCACGUAAAAAUUUAUGUUCAAUUUAUUACUACAGAAAAUUUAUGUUCUUUCUUCCGCGCAUAAAUAUGUAGUCAAUGAGAUUGACUGCAUCAGGAACCAUGCCACAUCAUGCAUAAACUUUUCAUGCAAUGCAACCUAGGUGUUAUAUAACUAAGACUGAUCAGUGUAUAGUGAGACAUUUAUCCUUCUGUAACUUGGAAUAUCCUCAGUUACGUUUCAAUGAGAUAUUACUUUCAUUUCCAUUUUAGUUACUUGAUCACUAAACGUGGUGCUAACGAUACUGCAUUCAAUGAUGCAUUUUUGUCUUGUUAAACAUUGCAGCCGGUGAAGAUAAUUGACCCUCACCUAGUUUCAUCCUUCUUCGAUGACUUCAAAAGGGCUUAUCUUCAUUCAACAGCUGAGUUUGAAAACAGAAGUUCAUGGCUCGCAGAGUGUUCCAUAACUAUCCAAGUUACAGCUGAGCUUGAGGGAAGCAUUUGCUUGAUUGAGCAUCUCCUGAGUCAAGAUCUGAAGAUUCCCCCUAAAACCCGCAGUCAGUAUACAUUUCCUCCGGUGAGUAUUACCAUGGCCUGGGGCUUAUAUGAGAUCUUUGAUAACAUUACUGGAUGUUGUUCAAUCAUUUUAACAUUUAUUGACCAGGAGUAUUACAUUAUCAGUUUUUGGAAAAUGUGGUCUUAUAGUGAUACUGAUUAUUGAGGUAGCACUGAGACUUGUUGAAGCACAAACCCGUGGUGCUUGAAUGAGAUUUCCAUCUCCAAACUUACAUAAGCAUAAAAAAAGCAAUAAACGAUCAUUUUCUUUUCUCGCUUCUGAGUAUUUCCUCGAUUUUUUUAAUGGUAAACCGAAGUUGCUGGAGAAUGGAAAAAUCAAAGUGCCAAGAGGUGGUGGAGAAAGAGACUAGAAAGUAGUAUUCUUAAUCAUGCAAAAGUGUCCAUUGUUAAGUUCUAUCAGUCAUAGGAAAGAAGACCUGGCCUCUAGGUGAGACCCAUAGAAAAUAAAAGAUGAGUUUUGCUCCUUUCAUAGUCUAUAUAAUGCCUUAUAUCACUAUAUUGUUUCACCUGUUGAAUCUAUAUUAGUGUCAUUAUCUCGUCAAUUUGACAAACACAUCAGCUACUAUCGUGUAAAAACCAAACAUCCGUACAAAUUUUCCUUGAGGCAUUUGCAAAGUCGGGCCUCUUUUUUUUUGCUUAGCGAUAAUGCAUCCAUAUUCGAGUUCUAAUUUUCAUUUGUCCCCAUUUUUAGCUAUUUUUCUACAAACCCCAAUUAUGGUGGCCAAAUGGCAUGGGCAAACAAUAUUUAUACAAUGUUGAGAUAAGAGUUGAUGUUAAAGGAUAUGGAGAAUCAGAUUCAUGGCGCCAUAAUUUCGGAUUUCGAAGAAUUCAAAGCACGAUAGAUGCCACUACUGGUGGAAGGUGAGAGACUGUUCUCCACAUUAAUUCCGCGUCUUUUGUUUUCGAAAAUUUCUAGGUCAUUCACGUCUAUGUUUUGCAGGUUGUUUAAGGUAAAUGGACAACCAAUUUUUAUCCGCGGAGGAAAUUGGAUUCUGUCUGAUGGUUUAUUACGGCUUUCUGAGAAGCGAUACCACACAGACAUAAGGUUUCAUGCGGAUAUGAACUUCAAUAUGAUCCGAUGUUGGGGUGGUGGCUUGGCAGAGAGGCCAGAAUUCUAUCACUAUUGUGAUAUUUAUGGCUUGUUGGUAGGAGUUUCAAAAUUUUUACCAUUGAUAAAGUGUGAAAAAUUCUUCUCCUUUAUUUUGAUAAUGAAAGCCUUCUUCUUUUUGCUUGAAUGUGGGAUUCACUGAUAGAAAUGAUUCUAAUAAAGAAAAGAAACAGAUGCGCACAGACUAAUAGAAAUUUCAUCCUAUAAGUCAGAAACGUGAAACAGCUAGACAUGCGAAGUCAGCACCUGCUGCACAUCCACUUCACGACCAGCAUGUCAAGCUGCAGGCCUCACAGACUUGGAAAUAGUUUCCUUGAAGUAUCCCAUGCUAUUCACCAAUUCGUCUUAGCAUCUUAGACUUAUCCGCUUUUCAAGUUUGCUUCCCCAUCUUUGAAAACUCGAGAAAAACGUUCAUACGCUUUUGACUUGAAGACACUGGGAAUGGGCUCAACAUAGUUAGCUCAGUAACUCGUCACCUAGAGAUAUGCUCUGACCUGCCAUGACUCUGGGUUAUAUCCUAUCUCAUGAGAAUCGUGCUUGCAAUCAUACGUCUCCACACUACAUUUGCUUUUUCAUGGACACCUCCCAGACACUGUCCUACUAGAAGAGCAGUCUUUAGCAAUUUUUCUUUUAUGUAAGUGAAAAAAUCAUUCCAAUCGUCAAAACAAACAGGGAAGUCUUCGUAUUAAGGAAAUCACAUUCUGAUCGAUGAGUCCAUGUCAGGAAUAGAUUUACUGAACAUAUGGGGUAAGAUGGUAGCCAAAAACUAAAUGAAACUCGUUUGCUUUUCCCACCAAACUUGCUUGUUUUCAUCCCUCGUCAUCUACAGUACCCAUAUUCAUCAUCUCGAGAUAUUUUUUGUUAACGGGCUAAAUUACUUGCUUCCUUCUGUUGUAACCAAUUAUUUUCUACUUUUUUUAAAUGUUUCGUGCCCUCAUUCAGUCGUCUACCUUGUUCUUCUGACCUCUUUCCGAAAUAGUGGACCUGGUAACCUUUCCUAGAUGUAAAACGCACAAAUGCCUGUGCAAUUCAUCUAAUGAAUCCGUAAUCCAUAUUUCCAGGUAUGGCAAGAAUUUUGGAUAACUGGUGACUGUGAUGGGCGUGGAAUACCAGUCUCCAAUCCUGAUGGACCUUUGGACCAUGACCUGUUCCUGGUUUGUGCGAGAGACACUGUCAAACUCUUGAGGAAUCAUGCAAGCCUUGCUCUAUGGGUGGGCGGGAAUGAACAGACACCACCUGAUGAUAUCAACACAGCCCUGAAAAAUGACUUGAGACUUCAUCCGCUCUUCCAAACUUGUGACAAAGACGUCGAACUAGAGGAGGACCCACUGCAAGAGGCAAAAGACCCAAGUCAGUUUCUUGAUGGAACUCGUGUCUACAUUCAAGGAUCUAUGUGGGAUGGCUUCGCUGAUGGAAAGGGUAAUUUCACAGACGGCCCAUAUGAAAUCCAGAACCCAGAAGAUUUCUUCAGUGAUGAUUUCUACAAAUACGGGUUCAACCCAGAAGUUGGCUCCGUAGGGAUGCCUGUUGCUGCGACAGUUAGGGCUACAAUGCCACCUGAAGGAUGGAAAAUUCCAUUGUUUAAGGAGGUCUCCAAUGGUUACGUGGAGGAAAGCCCAAAUCCUAUGUGGGUAUAUCAUAAAUAUAUUCCAUACUCGCAGCCCGGAAUGGUUCAUGAUCAAAUCUUACUAUAUGGCCAGCCAACAGACCUCGAUGAUUUUUGUCAGAAGGUUUGACUUUUCUUUACCGUCCUUUGGUCAGUUCAGGCUCUUACUCUCUUCGUAAUAGUCUUUUCAGUAAGUCAAUCCCUCGUUUCAGGCACAGCUGGUGAAUUACGUCCAAUAUAGAGCUCUCCUUGAGGGUUGGACUUCACGAAUGUGGAGCAAGUAUACUGGCGUUCUAAUCUGGAAGACCCAGAACCCAUGGACUGGCCUCCGAGGUCAGUUUUAUGACCAUCUACAUGAUCAGACGGCGGGGUUUUAUGGUUGCCGCCAUGCAGCAGAACCUGUUCACGUGCAGCUGAACUUGUCAACCUACUUCAUAGAGGUAAGUCAACUUCAGUCCUGAACUUGAUUCCGUGUUUCCUUGUCCCCUGUUCUGUAAAGUUGAGGUCUUCUCAAAUCAGGUAGUGAACACCACAUCAGACGAGCUUCAGGGCGUAGCAGUAGAGAUUUCUGUGUGGGACCUGGAUGGAGCUUGCCCAUAUUACCGGGUCACCGAGAAGAUCUCAGUCCCACCCAAGAAAGUGCUCACGACAGUGGAGAUGAAGUAUCCACAGUCAAAGGGCGCGAAGCCAGUCUAUUUCCUCCUCCUCAAGCUCUUCCUCGUCUCCAGCUCCCGCGUCCUAUCGAGGAACUUCUACUGGCUGCACUCCCCUGGAGGGGACUUCAGGCUCUUGGAACCCUAUCGGAGAAGAACAGUUCCCCUGGAGAUAACCUCCGAAGCGACGGUUCAGGGAUCUGCUUACACAGUAAAGAUGCAUGUGAGGAACAUCUCGAAGAACCCAAAUCCAGAAAUUACAAGUCAUGGAAAGGGCUGUGAUCCGGAUUUGACACAGAUGGCUGCAACAGAGAGACCGCUCUUCGGUGCCUUACGGAGGAUCUUUGGGAGCCACUUCAGAAGGGGUAGCGAUGGUGGUGCGAACGUCGUCAGAGUCAACGGCACAGACGCAGGAGUUGCAUUCUUCCUUCGUUUCUCGGUGCACAGAGCUCAGCAAGACCAUGAGGAAGAAGACACCCGGAUCCUUCCCGUCCAUUACUCUGACAACUACUUGUCCCUCGUCCCCGGGGAGUCCGCUGUUGUGGACAUCUCCUUUGAGGUUCCCUCUGGUGUCAGCCCUCGUAUCAAGCUCGUUGGUUGGAACCACCCCGGCGGCGUGUCCAUCUUGUAA